GAGGAGGAGGAGGAGGAGGAGGAGGAGGAGGAGGAGGAGGAGGAGGGAAAUGACCAACUGCUGCCUCCAACAAAGCGCAAAUCCGCAGCCCGUUUGUGGGUGCGUGUGUGUGCACGACGCAAAACGCUACUACCCACCCACCACCCCUCGAGCCCCACACAAAACAUAUCCGGGGCGGGUGAGGAGGGGUGCAUUGGCCUGUACCGACCGAACUUCCGACAAAGGAGGCGCAGCAGCAAAAAGGGAAACACGCAAGUGCACGCGGAGGGAGGAGGCGGUGGUUACGGCGGCGGCGGCGGAUGAGGAGAUCGCUAUCACAACAGGCAGGGCGGGGCUGAAAGUCUAG